CUUUGUAUUGUAGCUGUUGCUGAUCAGUCUUUAAAGUAAGGGCACCAAAUAAAUGUGAUCACGUUAAUCCAUAAUGGAGUCUGUGUGUAGCUGAUCUUCUGUAAUCUCAGACAGAAGUGUGAAGUUGACAUACGAGAAACGUCUGUUUACAGAACUGAGUACUUCCUGCUACUUUAUAUGAAGUAGUGGUCCAAACAUCAGGACAUGCAGAGUAAAACAUCCUGACCUCAGUUCUCCUCAACCUUCCAUCAAUGAGUGCUACAGUUGGCACGCUAGAGCUCCGUGGAUGAUCUCCCAGAGAGGCUGAAAUGAGCUGAACUUUAAGGCGAUAUUAUCCUCACGUCCAUCCUUGUGAUCCACCAGCAGUGAGAAACAACAAUGAUGCUACUCAGCAUGAAGACGUAUCUGGCUCUGCUGUGGGGAAUUUCUAUUUUGUUUGGUAUGGUAAACACUGCUGAACCAGAAAAGACAACCAAGCAGAUAACCAGUGUACAUGUGCGUCAUACUGAAACUCACAAACCUACAGGGGUUGGAGAUGCACCAGCAGACACCACUGUAGAAGUGAAGAUUGUGACUGACAGAAGUGGCAGCUCUGGUUUGGUUGCCAUGAACACUGUAUCAGCGACAGCAAUCAGCUCCGGUCCACAAUUGCUUCAUAUCUCCACAGCAGUAACCACAACUGCAGGUGCAGCACAUCCUCUCCACAACACGACGAUCUCAGAGAUACCAAAACCUUCAGAGGAAACGAUACAUCAACAAUCUCCCAUCACUUCUAAUAAUACGAAUGUUCCUGCAACAGCUUCCGCAACAUCUUGGACAACAGUGGCCGUGUCUUCGCCGCAGCCUCCGUCCACCCAUAAGCUUGAAGUUACAUCCGAGUUAUCUUCCACCACCUCUCCUGCUGAAUCUGCUCCAGUCUUUACCCAGACCCUCAGCAGUCCCUCAGCUUCUCCCUCAACCAUGACGACAGCUAACCCCGCCUCUGAGGCAGACGUCACAACAAGUGAAACAGCCCCCACCAACACUGAGCUUUCAUCUACGUAUCAGCCCGUUUCUGUGACAAAAAACAUCUCCACUUCACAUCUUCCUGACACAACGACCACCAACUCAUUCUCUACCAAAUCUACCAUCUCCACCACCAAUGUCUCCACCACCAAUACCUCCACCACCAAUGUCCUCCACCACCAAUACCUCCACCACCAUUGUCUCCACCACCAAUACAUCCACCACCAAUGUCUCCACCACCAUUGUCUCCACCACCAAUGUCUCCACCACCAAUACAUCCAUCGUUCCUCCUUAUGUACCCAAGAGGGUGCCAAGUCCAACCACCAAAUCAACUCCGGCAACUACAAAAGCACCUUGUGAAGUCUCAAAGAGCCCAUCCAGCACUGAGGUCCAACCCUGCUCCACCCGGGGCUUGGUGAAGCCCUGCCUCAUCGCCAUCGCCUCCAUGGCUGUAUUGGCCACCAUCUUCAUGGUUUCUACCAUCAUCCUCUGCACCAAGCUGUCAAUAAGGAAGUACAAGGUCAAGAAGCCUCAGCCGUCCACAGAGAUGAUGUGCAUCUCGGCCCUGCUGCCCGAGAGUUACACCUACUCGAGACAACGCAACGCAGUCAGUAACGGAGUCCUGGUGAUGCACGGCGGGACAGACAGCGAUGAGGACGAAGGAGAUAACCUCACUCUCAGCAGCUUCCUUCCAGAAAAUGACCGCUUUGUUUAGAUGGAAUUAUUAUUGUCGUCAGACCUCAGAUUGGACUCGUGUCUAAAGUCAGUGAAACAGUUGCUGUUUGAAUAAACUCAUGCUUCCAGUUUGAUGUUGGUGGUUUGGCUUCUUUGCAUGAUCUAUUGCCAUGGAGGAAGAGGAGACAUAGAAACCACAAAGAAACAAACCAAAACAGUUACUGUUUCAUGUUCAUGCACCAUUAGCCGUAUCUGGCAAUUGUUAAGGACAUCAAUUGUGUAUUUUAGGAAAACAUUUUGCAUAAUUUUACACUUUCCCACAAGAGACUUAAAGUCAGGAUGAGUGAUCAAAGACUCUUUUUUUUUUUUUUUUUUUUUACAUCCUGGGCUGAGCCCUGAUGGUAUUUCACUUAGCAACGGGAGACAGGAAGGCUUGUUUUGUCAAGGGAUUAGUCUUCACAGACACUGUUCAGUUUGCUGAUGCUAUUCUGGUAGCACUGAGGCGUUAUUGUAUGAAUGCUGUUAUGUGAUUAAUGGUAAACUGUACGUGACUGCUUAUUUUGGGUGUAGAGAUGCAGCUUCUGAAUUGUCAUUAUUUAUUCAACGGUUUGGUAACGCUUUAUUUAACAGGUCUGUUAUCGCCUAAUCAUUGUUGUUAGUUGGUACAACAACAUUACUCAAUUUAAAGCCCAAGAAAGAGUCUCGCUUACAUUAUCUUAGCAUUUAAUUGGAAUUUUUCAUUUGGUAGUUCAACAGCUGAACACAUUCUGUAUUUUUACCUAUAAUUAGUGCCAACACUUUAGGAAAUAAAUUAAAAAUGAUUCAACUUUAAAGACAUGUAAAAUAAGGGGUUACCAAAGUGGAUAACUGUUCUCUCUGAGAUGCCAAAGUUCAGAUAAACAUUGUGCUGCAAAUGUUAAACAAGGUGAAAAACAGUGAAACCGUACAACAGUUCUGUUUCUUCUUUGCUAAAAAGGUGUUCCGUGUACGUGUGUGUCUCUAAACAGUCAUAAUAAAAGUCAGUGGACUAA